CACCCAGCAGUGGAAGUCUCUCUGUAGUCUCUGUUGGAUUGUAUGUGUGUGUGUGUGUGUGCACAGGGUGACUGCUGAAAAUGGCCUAUGCUACUGAAGAUUAUGACAUGGACUAUUAUGACGGCAGCUCAACAGUUGACUAUGAUCCAGGUGCACCGUGUUCCUCAGAUGUUUUCGACAAUGUGUACCAUCACCUCAGCCUGUACGUCCAUUCCAUCAUUGUUGUGCUAGGGUUGCUGGGCAACCUACUGGUCAUCGUCACGUAUGCCUUCUACAAGAAGACCAAGUCCAUGACGGAUGUGUACCUCCUCAAUGUGGCGGUGGCAGAUGUUCUCUUUGCGAUGGUAUUGCCCCUCAUCAUCUACAAUGAGCAGCAUAACUGGGUGAUGGGGGAGGGGGCCUGCAAGGUCCUGAGGAGUGCCUACAGUCUCAACCUGUACAGUGGUGUGCUUCUGCUGGCCUGCAUUAGCGGCGACCGCUACCUCGCUAUUGUCCGCUCUAGCAGCUCAAGAUACUUCCGCUCCAGCACCCUUGUCAACAGGCAUGCCAUCUGCUUAACUGUCUGGGUGAUGGCGCUUCUGCUGUCCCUGCCCACAUUCAUGUACUCAACAACUGAUAUUCCCCAACCUGAAACAUUCAUGAUCGGUGAACCAUCUGACAAUUCCACAGAGCCAGUGGAGUGUAUACUUUACUUUGAAAACAUUCAGAAAGCACAAGCCAUGAAGGUCCUAAUCCCAAGCAAGCAGAUGUUGAUCGGGUUCCUGCUGCCCCUGAUGGUGAUGACCUUCUGCUACACCUGCAUCAUCCACACACUGCUCAAGGCCCGCAACUUCCAGAGGCACAAGGCGGUGCGGGUGGUGCUGACGGUGGUGCUGGUGUUUGUUCUCUGCCACCUGCCUUUUAACCUCACCCGUCUGGUACACACCAUCACUCUGGGUGAGCAGAGGGACUGCACUGCAGAGAUCUCCUUCAUGGUGGGACUCAAAAUCACUGAGACUCUGGCCUAUCUACACUGCUGCCUCAACCCCAUCCUGUACGCCUUCGUUGGCGUGCAUUUCCGUAACCACUUCCAGAAGGUUCUGCGGGACCUGUGGUGUGUGAGGAAGGACUACAUGCCUGCGCAACGCCCCUCUUCCCACCUCACCUCGGGGGUUUGUCCGUCCGCACGAAGGUCACUCGACGGAUCCGGCUUGGAAAAUAGCUCGUCCUUCACCAUGUGAUCCCAACGGAUCUCCUCAGGACUUCCUUUACUUUAGUUUGGAUAAACAUUUGGGCAGUGGUGGAGGAAGAACUAAACUCAGUACGUAAGGAAAAGUACAAAUAAGCAGAGAAAUAUUAACUCUAGUAAAAGUAAUAGUACCACAAUGACCCUACUUAAGUAAAAGUA